GCCCAUAUUGGUGGAGACGUGUGGAUUCUCCGGCAUUGAAGUUUUACUAUCAUCUUGUUGCAUAAAAAAAUAUGUCCGUGCAAUAAGCUGUCGAAGAGUUCCCUAAUUGAGAGCUGAUCCUGGGUGUACCAUCAGAUGUACGGCUUUAUAGUCCAGUGGCUGUUAGGCCUGUAUCUCUGUCAUGAGACAUCGGCUCAAUUUAUGCAGGCCCCGUACCCGAUGGCGCAGGGGUUGCCCAUGCGCAUGCCGAUGCCCGGCAUGCCGCAGGCCGCCCCGGCCAUGAUGCCGAUGCCGAUGCCGGCCCCGGCCAUGCCAUAUCCGAUGCCUACGCCCCAUAAAAUGCCAAUGGUUGUCAUGCCAUUCUAUUCUAAAAAGGCUGACCAAAAGAAGAAGAAGAAAGGACAUAAAAAGAGAAGACGGCAAAAACACCGUCGUGUGGAGACCGAGUCUAGCGGCACUGACUCGUCGUCGUGCGACAGCGCCUCUGGCGAAGGCUCCAGUGAAACCUACAGGAAGAAUAGUAGACGAUCGAAAAUGAAGCCGAGGCGUCAAGUCUUGACCCCUGUGGUUUCUUACGUCACUAAAGACGGAUAUGUUAUCUAUCAGAAGAAGAUAAAGAAAGACAAAGCUAGGGACUGGCUGCAGCUGGGAGAAAAAUAUGAUAAGGAUGUGAAGAGUAAUGAAGUCAUGGACUCCGAUGACGACGCGUAUCGUAAAAAGAGAAAGGGCAGGUCGGGUCGUCACAAACAUUGAUUUAGUACUAUUGUUAAGGUGCGUUUAUACCAAACGAGCCACAUGCUGGGGCCAGGCAUUGGUGGAUCAGCCAGAGAAGGAUAUGAGCAUUCGCUCGUUUGAUAAAACGUACCUUUAGCUAUAAUAUUUGUACCGUUAUUUUUUACGUGAAUAAAGUUUUUUUAGAAUGUA